AUGCGGUUCCGAGCGACGGUGGAAAACGUCGCGAUCUUCUUUCGUAUAAUCCAAGCUGUCGAAAAGCUCCAGCGGAAAUGCAUCGUAAAGUUCUCCGAAAACGAAAUGCAUAUCAUAUGCAACGAUGAUGCAAAUGAGGGUGGCAUCCAAGUGUGGUCCGUUGUGAAAGUGGACUCCAUAUUCACCAAUUACCGCAUACAAUCGAAUGCCAACAACCAAAUCACGGUAGCCUUAUCAACGGAAGCCCUUCUUUCUGCACUUAGGUCGUCGUCUGCGUCUGCCUCGUCGACUUCGGCAGCUUCUUCUAUCCUCCCAGCAUAUGAUGCAGACGAAUUGGUUAUGAAACUCGCAAAGAAGAAUGACCAAGCUGUCCUCAGCUUCGAAAUGUUCGGUGUAUCGAGAUCAGGUCGUAAAGUCAGAGUGACACAUGACGUCCGAAUCGAAGUGAUGCGGCCCGCUGAGGUGGAAAAGCUUCGCGAACCUCUUUGCCCUGAACCGGAUGUACACAUUUUGUUGCCACCUCUCCAGAAGCUAAGGACGAUUGUGGAAAGGCUUCGCCCGCUCUCAGACGUCUUGGCCCUCAGGGCCAAUAACAGCGGCAGACUUCAGGUGGCAAUUAGCACAGACUCCGUCAAAGUCGAGACGCAGUGGGUCGGAUGUGCCAACCCUUCCCUGAGGCAAGCCCAAGUUGAAGAGGAUGGAAAUCCCGAUCCCGAUCCCACUGAAAAGCCAGACCCUGAAACAGUGUUCUCCGUGCUGGUUUCUGUUCGAAGUUUUCUCAAAUUCCUUAAUAGUCACGUUGUCUCGACCACCACCAUUGCAUGCAUAUGUCAAAACCACUGCGCGAUCCUUUAUGUUUACAUCGGGGAAGUUGCCGAUGCUGGUGGUGUCCUCACUUUCUACAUUCCCAGCGUUAUCGAAGAUUAA